CGAAGUUGGAGUUACACCCCCUGGCGUAAAAAUGGAGACUUGACAACAAGUAAACAACCUACGAAAGUUGGAAUAAAGGGACUUCGGUUGAAAUUAUGGUUGGAGCUUUACACAUAUUUCUAUGGGAACGCCAGUUCGGCAUUGACAGAGGCCCAACAACGAGAACUGGCACAGAUAACUCCAUUCAAACAGCGAGAUCUCGAGCGUCUGUUGAAGCGUUACGCCGACUAUGACCCAUCGGAGAGAGGUGUUCGUGGGAUCACAUUCGAUGUAUGUGUCACUAUUCCUGAGUUUUGUGGGAACAAGUUUGUCCCUAAGGUGAUCGCAAGCUACCAGGACUCCAGCUCAAAGAAAAUCUUCCCCAAACAGUUCCUGCUGAUUUGUGCCGUCCUCAGCUCAAAGACACCUCCACAGAAAAAGAAAGAGUAUCUGUUCGACAUGUUCGAUGUUUACAAGACGAAUGUGUUCACUCAUGACGAAAUGUUCCGCAUCUACAAGACACUGCUGGGAUCUACUGUCACUGACGACGUCAUCCUUGACCUCACAUUCCGGGCACUAAGGCACCCUGACCUUGUGAAUGAAGGAGAGAUAACAAAGGAAGAAUUUGUCAAAUUGAUUCCUGACAAUGAAAUCAUGCAGCGGAUGACAGUGGACCUCUAGAGUCCAUGAGAAAUAUCCUUGCUACCUUGAACCAAAGUCCCCAUCAGGAUACGGUGUGAUGUUGAGCCUGAUCCACCCAGUCACUGUGCCAGAGUGAGUGAGUGAGUGAGUAUGGUUUUAAGCCGCCAUUAGCAAUAUUCCAGCAAUAUCACGGCGGGGAACACCAGAAAUGGGCUUCACACAUUGUACCCAUGUCGGGAAUCGAACCCGGGUCUUUGGCGUGACGAGCAAACGCUUUAACCACUGGGCUACCCGACCGCCCCUCACUGUGUCAGAAGAUGGGGCUCAAGUCUGAGACUUGCCAGAUAGGAGUGAAUGGAUAAGUUGUUUUCAACACUGCUUUGAGCAGUAUUUGAGUUAUAUCAUGGCACUGGAUUCAUAUUGGAGAACAGCUCAAAGUGACAGAGUCACCGGUCACCGAGUGAGUGAGUGAGUGAAGAAGCGAGGGUAGAACAGCUCAAAGUUGGACAGAGUGUAGAUGUCUGCUCACACAUUAUUCCACAGAGUUAGUGAGUGAGUGAGUGAGUUUGGUUUUACGCCGCUUUUAGCAAUAUUCAAGUACUAUCAUGGCGGGAGAUACCAGAAGUGGGCUUCACACAUUGUACUUAUGUGGGGAAUUGAAUCCGGGCCUUUGGUGUGACGAGCGAACGCUUAAACCACUGGGCUACCCCACUGCCCAAUUUGGUUGAGUGAUUAAAACGAGUACACACAAACUAUUUUUUUCAUCAAUAUUAAACAUGAAAAUAACCAGAUGUUUUAUGUUUUUAUUCAAUAUGUCUCUAGUAUAACUGAUGUAUAAUUCAGAAUCAAGUUGUUAUUCAACAAAAACACACAAAAAACCAUAGUACCUAACUACACAUAUUUUGAACAUUGCUAAAGACUGUCAGGACACAGUCAGUGAAAGUACUUGAUGAUUGUGUAUUGUGGUAGAUGAAAACCCUGACACGACAAAAUGACCACCACUAGUAUGUGAUGACAGUAUUUUGUUGGCAACAUGUUUCAACGACUAGAUUUGUACUGUAAACAUCUGUGUAUAAUGCAGCUUGAAAAAUAUUUCAGUCCUAUCACAAUUGUCUUAAUGAAAAGUAUGUCCUUGAUGUUUCCCUUGUCAAUGUCAACAAUGCAGCAGAUCCUGGCAGCUAAGGGGGGUAACUCUAUACAAACUGUGUCUUGGGCCACCAGUGCUACCCUGUUUCAUACAUUCAUUAGGAUUUGAAAA